CUCGUUGGCAACUCAUUGGCACACAAACUGUAAACACAAUACUUUGGGACCAAAUAGUGGUGACUCUCGGCGUCCACACGAAGACCUGUCUCUCUCUCACAGCGCGAACGCAACCGUCGAUUAUCAGUGGGCGUCAUUUGAGUGUCAACUGAAAUGUGCGACAAUUGUGGCCAUCAUUUGUCUGAAGUGAAGACACGGACCAACGAUUGCUAUUAUCUGUUGAGCGACCGCUCGGACACCGGCUUCGAGUUGACGCUCGUGUCGGCGGCCGACGGCUCCUGUCUUCGGGCGGCCAUCGAUUACGAGGCGUACCGACAGCGCAACGAAGACAACGAGUCGACCAAAGAGUUGGACGACAAGCGCGAGAAGGUGUCGGAAGCGCUGCGAAUCGGAUCCAAACGCGUGUCGGCCGAAGACGGCGCCGACUAUAGCUACGGCUUUGACGUGAAUACAGGCGACCAUCGCAUCCAACUGUCGCUGCGUGUGAUGGAUGGCGAAGAAGUUGUCGCCGAAUCGCCGCUUCUGACCAUCGCUUGUAGGCCCGCGUCGAGUGGCGAGGAGUGUCUGCGGGAAGUGUUCGCCGAAUUGGUGUCACUCAUGGACUCGAAGAACCGAUUGGUGGCAGAACUCACGGAACAGAACCGAUCGUUACGGGAGUUGAGCGAGAGAUCAGUCAAAGAUUUGGACCGAUUUGUGGUCACGAAAGAGGAAAACGAUUCAUUGCUUUACACGAGAUUUGCC